GGGGAGGGCGGGGAGGGCGGCAGCGGGCAGACGCGGCGCUGCGCUCGGCCAGCCGGCAGCAUGCGGCCCCUGCUCUGCGCGCUGGCCGGGCUUGCCCUGCUCCGCGCCUCGGGUGCCUUCACCGCUGCUGAACCCUUCAUCCCCUCCCGAGGAGACCCAGCUCAGACUGCAGGGUGUGACAGACGCAUGGCUGUCCGUGGCCGGUUAGACGUCAUAGAGGAGACGGUGGAGAAGACGGUGGAGCACCUAGAGGCAGAAGUGGAAGGCUUGCUGGCUCAGCUGGAGGAGCUGGCCUGGAAUCUGCCCCCGGGCCCCUUCAGCCUGAUCCCUGACCUCCUCGGAGAGGAGACGAUCGCCUUUGAGCACCAGAGCAGGAGCCACCCAACAGCUGGCGGUGAUACAACAGCUCUCCUCUGAGAACAGAGCUGUGCAUUCUGGCCUGCCUUCCUCAGCCUUGUGCAAAAUAAAAGCUACUCCUUUGGUCCCCUCUGUGUCUGCUGACAGUGACCCCUGCAGCCACAGCCCCUUCUCCAUCUGCUCCCAUGCGCUGAGGCUCACACCCCCUGCAGGCUCAGACCUGUACUUCCGCCCGCCUUAUUUAUAGGCGUGGACAGGGCAGGAGUUAGUUCAAGAGGUGAGGCUCCUGAGGCACACAAUCGUAAGGCGACAGAGUGGAAGGGCCCUUUGAGUAAACCUGUUAACUCAAAAUGUGGCCGUAGGUGAGCAACAGGGGUGUGAGUCACCUGGGAGCUUAUCAAAAAUGCAGAAUUCGGGGCCCUCCCCAGACCUCCUGAAUCAGAAUCUACAUUUUAAUGAGAUCCCCAGGGAAUCUGUGUGCACAUUAAAGUUUUAAAAAAUGUUUCUGUUGAGAUAAAAUUCAAAAUUUUAACCAUUUAAAAGAGUACAAAUUCAGUGGGUUCAUAAUCUUGUGUAGGCAUCACCACCUUCUAAUUCUCAUCACCACCUUCUAAUUCCAGAAAUUUUCCUCACCCCCCCAAAGAAACCCUGUACCAUUAAGCAGUCACCUCCCAUUCCCCCUCCCAUCCUCCCUUGGAAACCACUAAUAUUUCUGUCUCUGUGUACUUGCCUAUGCUGGACAUUUCAUAUAAAUGGAAUCAUACAAAAGUCAGACACAAAGCCUAUUGUGUUUAACUUUUUCUCGCUUAGCAUAAUGUUUUCAAGGUUCGUCCA